CUUUCUCAUGAGUGGGAGAGAGAGAAAUGAACCAAACACAGCUCCUCGGAUGUGAUCCGCAGAGGGCAAAGCAAGACAGUCGAUUCCUGCUAUCGAAUGAUUCGUCGGUCGAGUUGUAGAUGUAAACACAUGUGCCUAAAAUUGUAACAAAUCCAAAAUGGUGCCAGGGGAAUUCCAAGCCGUUGUUUUAGCUGCUGGCAAAGGUUCUCGGAUGACUGAGAUCACAGCAGGUCGGCCCAAAUGUCUUCUACCAAUAGCCAAUAUGCCUAUGGUUUGGUACCCCCUGAGAAUGCUGGAAAGAGAGGGAUUUCAUGAUGCCAUUUUGGUAGUUGCUGAUACAGCUAAAAGUGAAGUUCAAGCAGCAUUAGAAAAGUGCAACCUUACAAUGCGAUUAGACAUUGUAGCCUUACCACCUGGGAAAGAUGAUUGGGGCACAGCUGAUUCUUUGCACUUUAUCAGUGAAAAGAUUAAGGCAGAUGUUGUUGUUGUCAGUUGCGACUUAGUAUCUGAUGCUUCAUUAUAUCCUGCUCUUGAACUCUUCCGUAAAAAUGAAGCUGCAGUAACCAUGCUGUUUCUAAAGCCCACUGAAGUUUCACCUGCUGAUGCUCUUCCUACUCCUGGCCCUAAAUCAAAGCAUAAGCCUGAACGAGAUCUGGUGGGGAUUAAUCCUGAUACUUCACGGCUUGUGCUGCUAGCAUCAGUUUCUGAUUUUGAUGAAACUUUGCCACUAUCGCGAGGGUUACUUCGGAAGCAUCCUCAUCUCCAAUUGUUUAGUAGAUUGAUGGACUCUCACAUUUAUGUUCUCCGAAAAUGGGUUUGCAAGUUUCUUGACCAUGAGAGGUCUUUAAGCACUUUGAAGGGAGAGCUCCUUCCGUACAUUGUGAGAAAGCAAUCCUCCAAGCCAGCUCAAAUUAUUGAAGAUGUUUCAGUAGUCAGUGGGACUAUUAAGAAAGAUAUUUAUCAGUUUGCUGAAGAGAGUAACAUAGUUAGCAAAGUAUUACCAAAAUCUAUAUUUAAUGAUCAUUGGGGUGAUAUGAAAGGCACUUUUCAAGAUGACAAAAUACGCUGUUAUGCUCAUAUUGCUGACAGCAGUUCAUUUGGAAUGAGAGUGAAUACACUUCAAGCUUAUGCUUGUAUCAAUAGACAAGUAAUACAAAUAUGGGAGAAAGUAACUGGUGCGCAUCCUCUAAUCCGCUUGCACCAAGCCUCUGAAGUAAAGUCUACUCAAGUUGAUGACUCAACCAUGGUUGGAGAAAUGUCACAUUUGGCUGAGAAAACAUCGUUUCGUAGUUCUUCCAUUGGUAGUAGUUGUACAGUACUAAGUAAAACACGAAUUGCAAAUUGCGUUAUCAUGAAUAAUGUUAAAAUCAAUGAAGGAUGUGUUUUGAACAAUUGCAUUUUGUGUGACGGUGUGGAAGUUGGCAACAAUACCGAAUUGAAAGAUUGCUUGGUUGGAGAAAAAUAUGCUGUUGCAUCAGGAG